AUGGCGGCCACACUUGCUUGGAGGUUAUCUGCUACCAAUGGCAGCAGCCUUGCCACUACUGAUCUGGAAAAAAAUGGUGAUAAAAAAAUUCAAGAUUCAGAGCCUCCAACUCCCCACUCAGUUAUGAAGAUGGGUGUGAGAGACCGUACCAGUAGCAUGGAGGAUCCAGAUGGCACGCUAGCAAGUGUUGCACAAUGCAUUGAGCAACUGCGCCAGAGUUCCUCCUCUGUACAAGAGAAAGAGUAUGCAUUGAGACAGUUACGAGAACUUGUUGAGACACGUGAAAAUGCGUUCAGUGCUGUUGGAUCUCACUCCCAAGCAGUUCCUGUGCUUGUUUCUCUUCUCCGGUCAGGAUCAUUGGGAGUGAAAAUACAGGCUGCUACUGUUCUAGGUUCUCUCUGUAAGGAGAAUGAACUAAGGGUAAAAGUCUUACUUGGAGGAUGCAUCCCACCAUUGCUUGGUCUCCUCAAGUCCAGCUCUGCAGAAGGUCAAAUUGCUGCAGCAAAGACAAUAUAUGCUGUUUCUCAGGGUGGUGCUAAGGAUCAUGUUGGAUCAAAAAUUUUUUCAACUGAAGGAGUUGUGCCCGUGCUCUGGGAGUUGCUUCGAAAUGGGCUCAAGACAGGCAACUUAGUGGAUAACUUGUUGACUGGAGCUUUAAAAAACCUCUCCAGCAGCACUGAGGGAUUUUGGUCUGCUACAAUACAAGCUGGAGGAGUGGAUAUACUGGUGAAGUUGCUCACAACAGGGCAGUCAGACACACAAGCUAACAUCUGCUAUCUUCUUGCAUGCAUGAUGAUGGAAGAUGCAUCUGUUUGUUCCAAGGUAUUGGCUGCAGAGGCUACUAAACAGCUGCUCAAGCUGUUAGGACCAGGCAAUGAAGCCUCCGUUAGAGCAGAAGCUGCAGGUGCCCUUAAGUCUCUUUCUGCACAGUGCAAAGAUGCAAGACAAGAGAUAGCUAAAUCUAAUGGUAUUCCUGCACUGAUAAAUGCUACAAUUGCUCCUUCAAAAGAAUUCAUGCAGGGGGAGUAUGCCCAAGCAUUACAGGAGAAUGCAAUGUGUGCUCUUGCAAAUAUUUCUGGUGGCUUGUCAUUUGUCAUCUCAAGCCUUGGUCAAAGCCUUGAAUCAUGCUCGUCUCCUGCCCAGACUGCUGACACUUUAGGAGCUUUGGCUUCGGCUCUGAUGAUAUAUGAUAGCAAAGCUGAAUUCACUAGGGCAUCAGAUCCUGUGGCUAUUGAGCAGACUUUAGUCAAUCAGUUCAAGCCUCGGUUACCAUUUCUUGUGCAAGAACGUACCAUAGAAGCAUUAGCUAGUUUGUAUGGGAAUGCCAUACUCUCAGUUAAACUUGCGAAUUCUGAAGCAAAACGGUUGCUUGUCGGUUUGAUUACGAUGGCAACGAAUGAAGUUCAGGAUGAGCUUGUGAGAGCUCUUCUCGCACUUUGCAAUAAUGAAGGCAGUCUAUGGCGUGCACUUCAAGGACGUGAAGGGGUCCAGCUAUUGAUAUCUCUUCUUGGGCUUUCAUCAGAACAGCAGCAGGAGUGUGCAGUGGCAUUGCUUUGCCUUCUAUCAAAUGAAAAUGACGAAAGCAAGUGGGCCAUCACUGCUGCUGGUGGUAUACCUCCCCUUGUUCAAAUUCUGGAGACAGGAUCUGCUAAAGCCAAGGAAGAUUCUGCUACAAUCCUUAGGAACUUAUGCAAUCACAGUGAAGAUAUACGUGCAUGCGUUGAAAGUGCUGAUGCCGUUCCUGCAUUAUUAUGGCUGCUGAAGAAUGGGAGCCCCAAUGGGAAAGAAAUUGCAGCAAAGACUUUAAAUCAUUUGAUCCAUAAAUCCGAUACAGCUACUAUUAGCCAGCUCACUGCUUUGUUAACCAGUGAUCUACCUGAAUCAAAAGUGUAUGUCCUGGAUGCUCUAAGAAGUAUGCUCUCUGUGGUUCCCUUGAGUGAUGUAUUAAGGGAGGGCAGUGCUGCAAAUGAUGCAAUUGAGACAAUGAUUAAGAUAUUGAGCUCUACUAAAGAAGAGACUCAGGCCAAGUCUGCCUCUGCUUUGGCUGGAAUUUUUGAAACCAGAAAGGAUUUACGUGAAAGCAGCAUUGCUGUUAAAACACUUUGGUCAGUGAUGAAGAUGCUAAAUGUUGAAUCUGAAAACAUCUUAGCAGAGUCAUCUCAUUGUCUUGCCUCAGUAUUUCUUUCAAUUAAAGAGAACCGAGAUGUGGCUGCUGUUGCUCGUGAUGCAUUGUCUCCUUUGAUUGCACUUGCUAACUCAUCAACUUUGGAAGUAGCUGAACAGGCAACAUGUGCUCUUGCAAAUCUUAUUUUGGAUAGUGAAGUUUCAGAAAAAGCAAUUCCAAAUGAAAUUAUUGUGCCAGCAACUAGGGUAUUGCGUGAAGGCACAAUUUCUGGGAAGACCCAUGCAGCAGCAGCAAUUGCUCGUCUCCUUCAUUCUCGUAGAAUUGAUAAUUUGAUAACUGAUUGUGUCAAUCGUGCAGGAACAGUACUUGCAUUAGUUUCUUUUCUAGAAUCUGCUAUUGGUGGAUCUGUUGCCAUAUCAGAGGCACUAGCUGCACUUGCUAUUCUGUCAAGGUCAGAAGGGACCAAUGGACACAUCAAACCAGCGUGGGCAGUUUUAGCUGAAUUUCCAAAACGCACAACCCCAAUAGUUUCAUCGAUUGCAGAUGCAACACCCUUGUUGCAGGAUAAGGCUAUUGAAAUAUUGUCACGACUUUGCCGAGAUCAGCCUUUUGUUUUAGGAGAGGCAGUUGCUAGUGCCUCUGGAUGUAUACCUUCAGUGGCUAGGAGGGUGAUCAAUUCCACGAACCCAAAGGUUAAAAUUGGGGGAGCUGCACUUCUUAUUUGUGCUGCGAAAGUUAGUCACCAAAGAGUGGUGGAAGAUCUUAACCAAUCAAAUUCAUGUAGUCACCUUAUUCAAUCACUUGUCACAAUGCUUUGUUCUGCAGAUGCUUCUCCUUCAGGAGAUCUGGUUGAUGAUGACAAGGAGGCCAUUAGCAUCCAGAGACAUGAUAAAGAAGGUGAGAAUGGCGAAUCACAUAAAGGAACUGCAGUAAUUUAUGGUUAUAACUUAGCUGUUUGGCUACUUUCGGUUCUUGCCUGCCACGAUGAGAAAAGUAAAGUUGUUAUAAUGGAGGCUGGGGCAGUUGAAGUCCUCACCGACAGAAUCUCCAGUUGUUUUUUGCAGUACAGUCAGAGUGAUUUUAGUGAAGACAGCAGCAUAUGGAUUUGUGCUCUACUGCUAGCAAUUCUGUUUCAAGAUAGAGACAUCAUACGUGCGCAUGCAACCAUGAAAUCUAUACCAGUACUUGCAAAUUUGUUGAAGUCAGAGGAGUCUGCAAACAGAUAUUUUGCUGCACAGGCAAUAGCCAGCCUGGUGUGUAACGGUAGUAGGGGAACUCUUCUGUCUGUUGCAAAUUCUGGGGCAGCAGGUGGUCUUAUAUCCUUACUUGGCUGUGCUGAUGGUGACAUAUCUGAUCUUCUGGAAUUGUCCGAGGAGUUUGCAUUGGUGUGUUAUCCAGACCAAGUUGGCCUUGAGAGGUUAUUCAGGGUUGAAGACAUUAGAGUUGGUGCUACAUCUCGCAAAGCAAUACCUGCUCUUGUUGAUCUACUCAAACCAAUUCCAGAUCGUCCUGGGGCACCUUUUCUAGCAUUAGGACUUCUAAAUCAGCUUGCAAAAGACUGCCCACCAAAUAAGACUGUUAUGGUUGAAUCAGGGGUUCUGGAGGCCCUGACUAAGUAUCUUUCACUUGGCCCGCAAGAUGCAACUGAGGAAGCUGCCACUGAUCUGUUAGGGAUCCUAUUUAACAGUGCUGAAAUUCGGAGACAUGAAGCUGCAUUCGGUGCUGUGAGUCAACUUGUUGCUGUCCUCCGCUUGGGUGGAAGACCUGCAAGGUAUAGUGCUGCUGUAGCAUUGGAAAGCUUGUUUUCUGCUGAUCAUAUCAGGAAUGCAGACACUUCCCGACAAGCUGUCCAACCUUUGGUGGAAAUUCUUAACACUGGUCUAGAGAAAGAGCAGCAUGCUGCUAUAGCUGCAUUGGUUAGGCUAUUGAGUGAAAACCCAUCAAGAGCACUUGCAGUUGCAGAUGUUGAAAUGAACGCAGUGGAUGUACUUUGCAGGAUUCUCUCAUCAAAUUGUUCAAUGGAGCUGAAGGGGGAUGCUGCGGAGUUGUGUGGUGUCUUGUUUGGAAAUACAAGAAUCAGGUCUACCAUGGCUGCAGCUCGCUGUGUUGAGCCUCUUGUCUCUCUCCUUGUAACUGAGUUCAGUCCUGCCCAGCAUUCAGUUGUCUGUGCAUUGGAUAAACUUGUUGAUGAUGAGCAACUGGCAGAACUAGUUGCUGCACAUGGGGCAGUUAUUCCUCUUGUUGGCCUUCUCUAUGGUAGGAAUUACAUGCUUCAUGAGGCUAUCUCCAGGGCACUCGUGAAGUUGGGGAAAGACAGGCCUGCUUGUAAAAUGGAAAUGGUAAAAGCUGGAGUAAUUGAAAGUGUACUUGAUAUCCUCCAUGAAGCACCAGAUUUUCUCUGUGCAGCAUUUGCAGAAUUGCUCAGAAUAUUGACCAAUAAUGCUAGCAUUGCCAAGGGGCCUUCUGCUGCAAAAGUUGUUGAGCCCCUUUUCCUGCUGCUGACAAGACCAGAAUUUGGGCCUGAUGGACAACAUAGUGCUUUACAGGUUCUAGUUAAUAUUCUGGAACAUCCACAGUGCCGUGCAGAUUAUACCCUCACCUCUCGCCAAACUAUCGAGCCACUUAUCCCUUUGCUUGAUUCUUCAGCUCCAGCAGUGCAACAGCUGGCUGCUGAGCUCCUCUCUCAUCUGCUCAUGGAAGAACAUCUUCAGAAGGAUCCAGUGACACAGCAGGUAAUUGGUCCCCUUAUAAGGGUUCUUGGUUCUGGCAUACACAUCUUGCAGCAGAGAGCUGUAAAGGCUCUUGUUAGUAUUGCACUAUUAUGGCCAAAUGAAAUUGCAAAAGAGGGUGGUGUGAGCGAGUUAUCUAAAGUUAUAUUGCAAGCUGAUCCUUCUCUUCCUCAUGCCUUGUGGGAAUCUGCUGCUUCUGUUUUGGCUAGCAUUUUACAGUUUAGUUCUGAAUUUUAUUUGGAAGUGCCUGUAGCUGUGUUGGUAAGGUUGCUCCGUUCUGGCUUAGAAAGCACAGUGGUUGGUGCAUUGAAUGCUCUUUUGGUGUUAGAAAGCGAUGAUGGAACUAGUGCUGAAGCUAUGGCUGAAAGUGGUGCCAUCGAGGCUCUUUUGGAACUUCUCAGAAGCCAUCAGUGUGAGGAAACAGCUGCAAGGUUGCUGGAAGUAUUACUCAACAACGUGAAAAUCAGGGAAUCAAAAGCUACUAAAUCUGCAAUCUUACCAUUAUCGCAAUAUCUCUUGGAUCCCCAAACUCAAGCACAACAGGCAAGAUUACUGGCAACUUUGGCACUUGGUGAUCUAUUCCAGAAUGAGGGCCUGGCUCGAAGUACCGAUGCUGUUUCAGCAUGUCGUGCUCUAGUCAAUGUGCUUGAAGAGCAACCUACGGAAGAAAUGAAAGUAGUAGCAAUAUGCACUUUGCAAAACCUGGUCAUGUAUAGCCGAUCCAAUAAAAGAGCUGUUGCCGAGGCUGGUGGUGUUCAAGUUGUGUUGGAUCUAAUUGGUUCAAGUGAUCCAGAUACAUCUGUCCAGGCUGCAAUGUUUGUCAAACUUCUCUUCUCCAAUCACACCAUUCAAGAGUAUGCUUCCAGUGAAACAGUCAGAGCCAUAACUGCUGCUAUUGAAAAGGAUUUAUGGGCCACUGGGACUGUGAACGAGGAGUAUCUCAAAGCUCUAAAUUCCCUUUUUAGUAACUUUCCAAGGUUGAGAGCCACCGAACCUGCAACACUCAGUAUACCCCAUCUGGUUACAUCUCUAAAGACAGGAUCAGAAGCAACUCAAGAGGCUGCCUUGGAUGCACUUUUUCUUCUUAGGCAAGCUUGGUCAGCAUGCCCAGCUGAAGUUUCCAGAGCUCAAUCUAUUGCUGCUGCGGAUGCAAUCCCCUUGUUGCAAUACUUGAUUCAGUCUGGCCCACCUCGAUUUCAGGAGAAGGCUGAAUUUCUGCUGCAGUGUUUGCCAGGGACAUUGGUGGUUAUCAUCAAGCGUGGAAACAAUAUGAAGCAGUCAGUGGGGAACCCGAGUGUUUAUUGCAAGAUUACUCUUGGAAGUACUCCACCUAGGCAAACAAAGGUUGUGUCAACUGGUCCCAAUCCAGAGUUUGAUGAGAGCUUUUCAUGGUCCUUUGAGAGUCCUCCAAAGGGCCAAAAGCUUCAUAUCUCUUGCAAAAAUAAGAGCAAAAUGGGGAAGAGUUCUUUCGGAAAAGUAACAAUCCAGAUUGAUCGAGUAGUAAUGCUAGGAGCAGUAGCUGGGGAAUACGCUCUGUUGCCACAAAGCAAAAGUGGACCCUCGAGGAAUUUGGAAAUUGAAUUUCAGUGGUCUAACAAGUAA